UUCUUUGAGGGCGUCUGCAACUAAAGACUACAACUCCCAGUAGAAAAGCUUCACCAGGAAGUGGAAUCGUGAUGACAACACAUACAUGGACGUGUCGACAUGAAACUGGCAGUAUUUUUUAUUAGAAAACGCUGCUUUCUGGUUUAACCUCAUCGGGUUGAUAAUGAGAGGCGUUAGCGUUUAUAUUUUGUUGUUGUCAUGUUUGCUAUUAUUCGUAAAACCGUGCGCGUCAGAGCGAGCUGACAGGGAAAACUCGCUGGACCUGCAUGAGAGAGAUAACCACGGAGAGGACGUGGAACAGAAGGAUAAUGUUCCGGCUGAAAACACGCAAACGUUAACAAAACACGUAAAGGAAGACGAACUAGAUGCAAACAAUCCACAGAAGGAUGGACAGUCUGUCAGCAAGUCCAACGCCACCACUGACAACUACAGCAAUGCAACCCUCCACCCCUCAACAACUGCUGUCAAGCCGUCUACGCCACCACCCCCAACCCCUAAACCCAUUCUGCCCGUGCAGACAGGCGUCAAGGCCCAAGAAGAAGAGCAGUCCAGCGGGCUGACCAUAUUCUUCAGCCUGCUCGUUAUUGGUAUCUGCAUCAUAUUGGUGCACCUUCUUAUCAAGUUCAAGCUGCAUUUUCUUCCAGAGAGCGUGGCUGUCGUGUCCCUUGGGAUUCUAAUGGGAGGCUUCAUUAAGAUCAUCGAGUUCCAGGAACUGGCCAACUGGAAGGAGGAGGAGAUGUUCCGACCCAACAUGUUCUUCCUCUUGCUUCUGCCGCCGAUCAUCUUUGAAUCUGGAUACUCCUUACAUAAGGGCAACUUCUUCCAGAACAUUGGCUCCAUUACUCUCUUUGCUGUGAUUGGCACAGCUAUCUCUGCCUUCAUAGUUGGAGGAGGCAUCUAUUUUCUUGGGCAGGCUGAUGUCAUCUAUAAGAUGACCAUGACUGAUAGCUUUGCCUUUGGCUCGCUGAUCUCAGCCGUAGACCCCGUAGCCACAAUCGCCAUAUUUAACGCUCUCAACGUGGACCCGGUGCUAAACAUGCUGGUGUUUGGUGAGAGCAUACUCAACGACGCCGUCUCCAUCGUCCUCACCAAUACAGCCGAGGGUUUCUCCCGCUCGGAUAACUCCACAGUGACGGGAUGGGAGACCUUUGUGCAAGCUCUGGGUUACUUCCUCAAAAUGUUCUUUGGCUCCGCUGCCCUGGGAACCCUCACUGGUCUCAUCUCAGCUAUUUUUCUGAAACACUUUGACCUGAGGAAGACGCCGUCGCUGGAGUUUGGCAUGAUGAUCAUAUUUGCGUAUCUUCCCUACGGCCUAGCCGAGGGGAUCAAACUGUCCGGAAUUAUGUCCAUCCUGUUUGCGGGAAUUGUGAUGUCUCACUACACCCAUCACAAUCUGUCUCCUGUCACCCAGAUCCUCAUGCAGCAAACACUGCGCACAGUGGCCUUCAUGUGUGAGACGUGUGUGUUUGCCUUCCUUGGUCUCUCCAUCUUCAGCUUCCCUCACAACUUUGAAAUAUCAUUCGUAAUCUGGUGCAUAGUCCUGGUUCUUCUCGGCCGAGCAGUGAACAUCUUCCCUCUGUCAUUCCUCCUGAACUUUUUCAGAGACCACAAGAUCACGCCCAAAAUGAUGUUCAUCAUGUGGUUUAGUGGUUUGCGAGGUGCUAUUCCCUACGCCUUGAGCCUUCAUUUGGGCCUGGAGCCCAUUGAGAAGCGUCAGCUAAUCGGCACCACCACCAUCAUCAUCGUACUCUUUACCAUCCUCCUCCUCGGGGGCGGGACGAUGCCUCUCAUCCGCGUCAUGGACAUUGAGGAAAGUCAGUCGCGGCGUAAAAACAAGAAAGACGUCAAUCUCAGCAAGACACAGAAAAUGGGUAAUACCAUCGAGUCAGAGCACCUGUCAGAACUGACAGAGGAGGAGUACGAGGCUCAGAUCUACCAGAGACAAGAUCUGAAGGGCUUCAUGUGGCUUGAUGCUAAGUACCUUAACCCCUUCUUCACCCGGAGGCUCACACAAGAGGACCUCUUACACGGCCGCAUCCAGAUGAAGACACUCACCAACAAGUGGUACGAAGAAGUCCGCCAGGGACCGUCGGGCUCAGAGGACGACGAGGACGAACUUCUGUGAACACUUUGAGUUCAUACGAAAGAAAAAAAAAACAACAACCUGUGGACAUCAGUGUGUGUCUGUGAGCACACGCACUAAAUAAUUUGUUCACUUGCCACCAAGUUUAUGCUAGUGGGGUAUCAGAGCCCAGAGAAUUGUAACACUGGAUGAAGAAAAGAAUCUGUGAGGGAAUAAAAAAAGUUUAUUUUUUUUCUCAGCAUUUUGUUACUAGCUGAAGAAACUCACAGGGAAUGUGAACGUGUGCUCCACUGAUUUGCUGCACAGCGCACGGGGAACUCUCCGAGUACGUUUCUUCGUGAAGGUUUAUGCCUGAAGGGAAAGCAGCAGGGAAGCUGUGACGCUACUUUUCUAUGUAAAGCAAUACUAUAGCACCUUUUCUCUUCACAUUUGUAUUGCUGUUUGGCACUAGCUUAUUCAAUGUCUGCUGGAAAUUUAAAUUCACGUUGGGUGGUUGUUUAACACAAUGCUGCUGCAGGCAACAUUUUUUUGAAUAAGCCACAGGUUUGCGCAGUUUCCUGUUGAACUAAACUCAAUUAUCUGCCUCUCUACAUUUGUAUGCAUUAAUGAUACUGGGUAAAUUCACUAAAACCUAUUCAUGCAGAGUCUAUAUGAAUAUACUGAAGUUUAAAUAAAACCCCCGCCAGCAAGUAAGAGAUAAUAAUGUUGAAAAUGUUAAAAAGCUAUAUAUUGGGGGUGAGGAGUAAAUUCAAGUACGGUUCGAGUUUGAUUCCAUAAAAUGACCUUCUUCUGUUUAUUUUCAUCCUCUGUUGAAGAACCUGCCAUUACACUGUGUAUGAAGCUGAAAUUUAAAUAUUCCUUAUGUGAUUUUCUCUAUGGAUUUCUGUUAAACAGAUGGACACCAAUGAAUGUGGGAAAAACUGUUAAUGUUUAGUUUAUUUUUUCUAUUUAUUCUUAACAUAUUUAUGUGAUGUGUGUGUGGGAUAGUUGGCUCUGUAAGUGCCAUGGGAUUAAAUAAAAAUCAUCCUGUUUUCACUAAA